GCUUCUUUUUCAGAUUUCUUACAAGUUUUGUUCAUUCUUCAACCUUCACAAGUCACCACCUAACCAUCGCGUAAUAUUCCCUUAAAAAAGAUCUUUUAUCAAUCAAACGCAAGAUUCGGUUUUGAUCUCGUUAUCGUAAUCUCAUCCGCCUUUGAUUUCCCCAAUUUUUAUUGAUUGCCCUAAUUUUGAUCUAUGUUGCUUUACUUGCCGUUGAUUAUUGCGACUGUAUGCUAAUCUGCACGGUGUUGGAGUCCGGUGAUUGUGGCUCAAGAUAUAUCUAAUUAUUUAUUCAAUGCUGAAUUGGUCUGAGUAUCUUAGGAUUGUGCGUUAUUGGGUGUACUAAAUUAUAGAGCUGUGAAGACUGCGAUUCAAUUUGGUGUAAAGUGCAAUAAGGAACCAGUAAAUGUUCAUUUGCUAACACACUGUCAAGUGUAUAACAUACAGCAGAUAGCAAUAGACAAGAGACUUGGUUCCUUUCAUUGGUAUGUAUUGAGUAUUUGAGUGAGUUUUGGGGUUUUGUCUGUUUUAGGUUUAUUGCGUAGUUUCUAGUUGACUUGAAUUUGAUCAUUGUGUAGUUUAUUCGGUUUAUAUUCCUGGACUGAAUCUGUUGUGUCGGUUUACUUGGUCCAAAACUUUAGGUUUCAUUAUGUUGUCUGUAUCGUCGAAGAUCAGUUAUUUUGUGUCUUCUGAUGAUGUUUUUCAUUAUCCCCGGGACCUUUACAUCAGAAUAAGAUGUACAUAUUAUGCAUUAGCGUCUUUUGCUUCUGUUUUGAAUUCAUGAGUAAUAGAGAAUUAAUUGUGUCAAUGUUAUUAGUGACACGUUGCAGUUCAGGUAGAUGGCUAGUAGAAAACGAAGCAUGCCGGGUGAAGUAGAUAAGCAUGCUCUGUACAAGGAAUGGGAUGAAGCUUCAUGCGCUAUAUGCAUGGAUCACCCACACAAUGCCGUUCUUCUACUUUGUAGUUCUCAUGAUAAGGGAUGCCGAACUUACAUUUGUGACACGAGCUAUAGGCAUUCAAACUGCCUGGAUCGGUUCAGGAAAGUCACGAAUGAAAAACCCGCUCCCCCUGCUCCGAGUUCGAUGAGGAGGAUCCCCUCACCGGUCAGGUUUAGAAGUAGGAGGCGAAAUUUUACUUUUCAAACUCCUAAUGGGAACUUAGGCUUGAGAACGCCAAGCUUUCGUGGAGAACUUGAUGCAUCUUCAAGUGAUGCUUUGGUAACCGAUGCUUUUGCGGGAGGAUCGGGAAAUGGCACCGCUAUUACGAAUGAUCACAUGGAGAUGAAUGACGGGGGUUUAGGAACUAGCGGUACUGUCUCUGGAAGUGAAAGGGGUCCCGAAGGGGCUGAUGCUGAGAACCCGUCGGAAUCAAAACUGAACCUCAGAUGCCCCCUGUGUCGUGGAAGCGUUUUGGGUUGGAAGGUUAUGGAAGAGGCGAGAAACUACCUUGAUUUGAAGCCUAGAAGUUGUUACCGGGAAUCAUGCUCGUUUGUCGGUAACUAUAGGGAACUGCGGCGUCAUGCUAGGAGAGUGCAUCCCACUGCCCGUCCUGCUGACGUUGACCCAUCGAGAGAACGAGCGUGGCAACGCCUCGAAGACCAGAGAGAAUACGGUGACAUUGUCAGUGCUAUUCACACGGCUAUGCCAGGUGCCAUCGUGCUCGGAGAUUAUGUAAUCGAGAAUGGAGAUAGAAUAUCGAGUGGACGAGGAAUAGGCGAAAAUAGCAGCAGCAGAUUGCUCAGUACCUUCUUUCUGUUCCAAAUGAUUGGCUCAAUGGAUCCUACACACGAGCCAAGAGGCAGCAGGUCAAGGGCGUUGUCAAGGUACCGACGCUCCAAUGGACCGUUUUCUAGGCGACGCUUUCUUUGGGGCGAGAAUUUAGGCCUUCACUAUGACGACGAUGACAAUGAUGACGGGAAUGAUGAAGUCGAGGACGAACGUGACCUGAAUAUGUCAAACGACUUGGGUGACAAUGGUGCUAACCCCAGAAGGCGGCGGCGCAGAUUGAUGCGAUCCCGAUCAGAUGAAGAUCAAGAUUAGAGAGCUGUGUCAUUCCUGCUCCAAACAUGAACUGAUAUUUCCAUUCUACAAUACUUGUAAAUUGUCUUUGAUUCUUGAAUCUUGAAACUCCCAGAGAUUGCUGAAAGGUCAUGCUAUUAUUAUCACAUUUGUUCUGCCAUUUUAUGGCUUUAGUAACCAUGAACCUUGUUUGAAGAAAUAUCACUUUGAAACCAGUUGUGAUUAAUGUUUUAUCA